AUGGUAAACACAGAACACAGACCAGCGCCUGCUGUUGACAUCAUACCCUCUGAAGAGCUGGUCCAAUACAUUGAUCCCUCCCUACUGACGCUCAACUAUAACGACAUUUUCAUCAGAACUACAAUAAUAUUCGGAUCCUUUUCUUUCUUUGCUUUUGUCUUCCUCUGCGUUCUUGUCACAUGCAACAUAUUCACAUCUCUAAGAAUACUUGGACUAAAAUUCAAAGUAUUUCUCAGCCUAUCGUUCGUAAGAGGCUUGUACGGUCUCUUUGCAAUUGUUCUUGGCUGCUACGCAAUUUUCCAGACAACAAACCUGGACAGGGAUGUAGUGUUUGGGACCAAUGCGACAUCACAAGUAGCAAUGCUUUUAACUGUGGGCUUUUUUAUAUUUGAGCUAUCUGCUGUUAUACUGUCCGACAUUGCUUUUAGGACUUUCUCUUUUAUGCUACUUACCCAUCACGGGCUCGCUUUGAUAGCAUAUACAAUGGCUAUUAUACUCAAUGCAAACUUCUGCUUUGGGUGCAAGGGACUAAUACUGGAAAUGAGUACCCCGUUUUCGUGUUUGUGUUAUGUUCUUCUUAAAGUCAACAUGGAACAUUCUAGAUUGUGGAAAAUCAACCAGGUUAUUCUCGUGCAUACAUUCCACCUGCGAAAUGUAGUGGAAUGCCAUCUGUGGUAUAUUGCCUACACAAAUUGGCAGCAUAUCUACAAUUUCAUGCCUAGUGGAAUCUUUUUCAUGCUGUUUGCUAAUUUGACUCUGAUUACCUUCAUCAUGACACCGUACUGGGGUUACAAGAAAACUCAGCAGCUGUUCAAUCCCGUUGACUGGAACUUCCAGGAAUCAAGAAACACUGAUCACCUGGCUAAUGGAAGUGUCAAACAGAUUGAUCAAGAAAGUAAAAAGGACGAUUAG